UACACCUUAAGCCUAUAUAUAAAUUGUAAAAUUUCUGUUUAAAGUGUAGAGUUUUUAAGGGUGAUACAUGAUGCAUUUUAUAUCAAGGGAAAUUUUACUCUUUAUACAGACAAUGCAGAAAAAAGAUUUUUUCUCUGAAAUAGCUUUCUAGGAAAAGCGAAUCUGUGCCUAGAUUACAUAUUUUUAAGGUGAAUAAGAGCGAUUUCUUUUUUUGUUUUUGUUGUUUGUUUUGUUUAUGUUUUGCAAGACGUAUUCUAACGAUCCAUUCAAUUAUCUGAAUUGGUUGACUAACGUUUAACUGUUACAGCACGAUGACUUACAUUUAUUUAUCGGAUUUCAUCUAAACUGGAGUGAAAAAAAAUUAGGGAAAUUACUAGGCUGUUAUAUGAAAAUGUCACCUGACUCAUGAAGCCGGUUAAGUAUAUUUUAUAUCUGUACUUUUCAGUGUUAACUCUCGUAAAGUACAAAGGUGUAAAAUUGCAAAAAAAAUUGUGAAUCCGUAUAUUGAGUGGAAUAUGUUUCUCUUGAUCAGGGCUGCAGAUUGUAGUAAAUGCAGUAUAUAAAUAAACAGUAGGCGAAAAGCCAGAAUUUUAUAUCGUGAUAAUUUCUACAGUUUUGUACUGAAAAAAGUCGUAUGAACUGCUGAAAAAGUUUAUGGAAUAUUAUACUUGUAUUUUCGUUAUAUUAUCAUUGUUAAGACGUUACAAUUAGUGUGUUUGGAGGCAAAAAUGGAUCAUAAAACAAAACAACCCACGGAAAUUAACGAACAAGAUGACAUCGAAGUCCGAUGUGGUUACGGAAAUUGCCGACCCAAUUUUCUGCAGAAGUUGAACAAACCGAAAAUGUUGUUGGUCGUAAUGAGCUUCUAUGUUUUUAUACAAGGGUUCAUUGUAAAUGGUGUGUUUAACGUGAUUGUGUCGACAUUAGAGCGAAGAUUCCAGUUACGGAGCACACAGAUGGGACUUACGUCUUCAGCGUAUGAUUUUUCGGCUGCAUUCUUUGGCAUCUUAAUUAGCUACCUCGGUUCCGGACGAUACAAGCCAAGAUGGCUGACAGCAUCAGCAGUGUUCAUGGUUGUUGGUUCUGUUACCAUGGCAAUACCUCACUUUACCACUGGUCUGUACGAAUGGGGCGGAAAUGCAGAAUCAACUUGUGACAGAUCAGUUGACAAUACUACCUCAACGGAAGUUUGUGUGGCUUCAGGUCUGCAGAACUAUGUAGGGUUGUUUGCCUUGAGUAACGUAUUCUUUGGGAUAGGUGGCGCCACUCUUUAUACCGUUGGAACUGCUUAUAUAGACGACAGUGUGACGUCAUUGAUGUCUCCAUUGUAUUUAGGAAUAUAUUUCGGUUUUGCAGCAUUAGGGCCAGGGAUUGGUUUCAUCGUUGGAGGAGUAUUUCUGGAUAUCUACGUGGACGCGGAUAAAGUGGACACGAACAGCAUAUCAUUAGAAACGACAGACUUGAGAUGGGUCGGGGCAUGGUGGAUUGGACCUAUAUUUUCUGCUGUUCUGUUUGUGGUCGCUGCUCUGGCAAUGUCGUGUUUUGGUGCUGAACUACCGACUUCAAAAGCUGUAAGGGAGACUCGAGAAUCCCAAAUGCACAAGGGCACGGGUACAAAGACUGGGGUUGUGGAACCAAGUCGACCAGAGUUGAAAACUGUCCAUAAAGUGUUAUGGGCACUUCUAAGAAAUCCGCCAUUUCUGUUUACCACUCUUGCUGGAAUAACCGAAUCCAUGUUUAUAACUGGGUGGAGUGUGUUUGGUGCGAAAUACUUACAGAAUGCUUUCCGAAUUUCUUCUGCUACGUCCGGGCUAUUUUCAGGUGCAGCUAUUAUCCUCGGUUUAGCAGGAGGGAUUGUAUUUGGAGGUCUCUUCUGCCGAUGUUUCCGGUUAAAGGUCAAGGGCAUGUUGAGGUUCUCCUUUGGUGUCUGCGUGAUCAGCUUGUUCUGUCUUCCUAUGCUAUGGAUGUCGUGUGGGCAGACGACUCUUGCUGGUGUCCACACAUCGUACCAAAAUAGCUCAAAGAUUUCUCUAAAUGAUGACUGCAAUUUGGGUUGCCAGUGUACCACGGAGAGGUUCGAGAUAUCGUGCGACAGUUCGGGAGUACAGUAUUUCUCUCCGUGUCACGCCGGAUGCACUCGUACAUAUAACGAAUCAAAUUCUGAAUAUUCGGAAUGCUCGUGCGUUGCUAGGCAACCAGACAUGACAGUGUCCGAGUUGUCAGCCGGGAGAUGUGAGUCCAGCUGUUCUCUUGUGUACCCUUUUGUGGUUCUGACGUUCUUGUACGCAUUUCUGACAAUUGCCGCUGAUGUGCCAGCUGAACAAGCUGUUUUAAGAUCAAUUCAUGAAAACCACAGAACUAUAAUGUGCGGUUCAAACCGAUUUUUUGUUCGCUUACUCGGUACAGUCCCCGGAGCAGUGAUUAUGGGCGUGGCUACAGACGCCGGAUGUCUAAUUUGGCAGACGGAGUGCGGAGAAAAUACUUCAUGUUGGCUCUAUGAUAUUUCCAUUGUUAGCCGGAACUACUUUAUAUUUGGAGUGGUAUCGAAACUACUUUCUGCGUGCUUCUUCUUUUGUGCUCUAUGGUUUUAUAAGCCUCCAAAGACAACAGAAUUUGAAGUUGACACACACAAAGAUAUAGCUCAAACAAAUAAUGCGUUUGAAGCCGAAAAUAAAGAACAAACACAUUUAUAGCUUGUGAAACAUUAGCAUAGAAAGAUGAUUAUAUAAAUAUAUAUUUAAAGAAAUCAUA